CGGGACCAUGUCGGCGGACGAGGAGGAGCUGAAAGUCCCGGAGGAGAUGUUCAAAGAUGUCAAGUUCUUCGUGGUGGGAGACAUCGACCCCAAGGUUAUUCAACUUCUGAAAGCUGGGAAAGCAAAGGAAGUUUCUUACAAUGCACUGGCUUCACAUAUUAUUUCAGAAGAUGGGGACAAUCCAGAAGUUGGAGAAUCCCGUGAAGUUUUUGAUCUCCCUGUGGUAAAGCCUUCCUGGGUGAUCUUGUCUGUUCGCUGUGGCGCUCUUCUGCCUGUAAAUGGCUUUUCUCCAGAAUCUUGUCAGAUCUUUUUUGGAGUCACUGCUUGUCUCUCUCAGGUUUCAUCUGAAGACCGAAGUACGCUGUGGGCUUUGAUUACUUUUUAUGGAGGGAAUUGCCAGCUGAGCCUCAAUAAUAAGUGUACUCAUUUGAUUGUGCCUGAGCCAAAGGGGGAAAAAUAUGAAUGUGCUUGUAAACGGAACAGAAUUAAAAUUGUGACACCAGACUGGGUACUGGAUUCUAUAGCUGAUAAGACUAAAAAAGAAGAGACUCCUUAUCAUCCUCGUUUAAUUAUAUAUGAGGAAGAAGAAGAGGAGGAGGAGGAAGAGGAGGAGGAAGCAGAAAAUGAAGAACAAGAUUCUCAAAAUGAAGCUAGUACUGAUGAAAAAUUAUCAAGCCCAGCAUCUUCUCGAGAAGGAUCACCUUUGGGUGAUCAGGUUUUUUCACCAAAAUCUACUACAGCUGAUAAGGCAAAAGGUGAACUGAUGUUUGAUGAUUCUUCAGAUUCCUCUCCAGAAAAACAAGAAAGGAAUUUGAAUUGGACACCAGCUGAAGUCCCACAGGCAUCUGCAGCGAAGCGUAGGUUGCCUCAGGGGAAAGACUCUGGGUUAAUUAAUUUAUGUGCCAAUGUCCCACCAGUGCCAGGUAAUAUUUUGCCUCCGGAUAUGAGAGGCAAUCUGAUGGCUUCAGUACAAGGUGCCCAAAGUUCUGAUCGACAGGAAAUGAUGGCUACGUGGAGUCCAGCUGUGCGGACGUUAAGGAAUAUUACUAAUAGUGCUGAUAUUCAGCAGAUUAAUAGACCAUCAAAUGUAGCACAUAUAUUACAAUCACUUUCAGCACCUACAAAAAGUUUAGAGCAACAAGUAAAUCAUAGCCAACAGGGACAUCCAAAUGCGGUGCUGUUUAGUCAAGUGAAACUAACACCAGAGACACAUUUAUUACAGCAGUCACAUCAAGCACAGCAACAACAGCACCAUCCUCUUUUACACCUUCAACCUCAACAACUUAUGCAGCUACAACAGCAGCAGCAGCAACAACCCCAGAUUUCCCAGCAGUCUUUCCAGCAGCAGCAGCCCCAUCAGUUUUCACAACAGCAACAGCAAGUUCAUCAGCAGCACCAGUUCGCCCAACAACAGCUUCAGUUUCCACAGCAGCAGUUACAUGCUCAACAGCAGCUACACCGUCCUCAGCAACAGCUCCAAUUCCAACAGCAACAUGCUUUGCAACAACAACUUCAUCAGUUGCAGCAGCAGCAGCUACAGCAGCAACAAUUGCAGCAGCUACAGCAACAGAAUCUGCAACAACAACAGCUGCAGCAUCAGCAGCAGCAAAUACAGCAGCAGCAAUUGCAGCAGCAGCACUUACAGCGAUUACACCAACAGCAUCAGCAACAGCAAAUGCAGAAUCAGGCGACACAUCACCUAACUCAGACGCCUCAAGCACUACAGCAUCAAGUUGCAGCCCAGCAGCCACACCACCACCAGCAGCAACAGCAACAACUGCAACAGCAGCCGCUUUUUGGACACGAUCCAGCAGCGGAGAUUCCAGAAGAGUAUUUCCUACUGGGCUGUGUCUUUGCAAUUGCUGAUUACCCAGAACAGAUGUCUGACAAACAGCUGUUAGCAACCUGGAAACGGAUCAUUCAAGCACAUGGUGGGACAGUGGACCCUACCCUUACAAGCAGAUGUACACAUCUUCUUUGUGAAAGCCAAGUCAGUAAUAUGUAUGCUCAGGCUUUAAGAGAACGGAAGAGAUGUAUUACAGCACAUUGGCUGAACUCAAUCUUGAAGAAGAAGAAAAUGGUGCCACCUCAUCGAGCCCUUCAUUUUCCAGUGGCAUUUCCACCAGGAGGAAAGCCAUGCUCUCAACAUAUAAUCUCUGUGACAGGAUUUGUUGAUAGUGACAGAGAUGACCUCAAACUAAUGGCCUACCUAGCAGGUGCCAAAUACACAGGCUACCUGUGUCGCAGCAAUACAGUUCUCAUCUGUAAAGAGCCCAGUGGCUUGAAGUAUGAGAAGGCUAAAGAGUGGAGAAUACCGUGUGUAAAUGCGCAAUGGCUCUGUGACAUACUGCUAGGAAAUUUUGAAGCUUUACGGCAAAUACAGCACAGUCGGUAUACAGUAUUCAGUCUUCAAGAUCCACUUUCUCCUAGUCAACAUCUAGUUCUAAACCUUCUGGAUGCUUGGAGAGUUCCAUUAAAGGUAUCACCAGAACUUCUGAUGGGUGUGAGGUUGCCUUUGAAACCAAAGCAAAAUGAAUCCAGUCUUCAACCAUCUUCCAAAAGAGCAAGGAUUGAAGACCUACCACCACCUACUAAAAAACUCACCCCAGAGUUGACGCCAAUGGUGCUCUUCACAGGAUUUGAACCUAUGCAAGUUCAGCAGUACAUUAAGAAACUGUAUAUCCUUGGAGGUGAAGUAGCAGAAUCUGCCCAGAAAUGCACCCAUCUAAUUGCCAGUAAAGUGACCCGAACUGUCAAGUUCCUGACAGCAAUUUCUGUGGUCAAGCACAUAGUAACUCCAGAGUGGUUAGAAGAGUGUUUCAAAUGCCAGAAGUUUGUUGAUGAGCAGAACUUUGUGCUCAGAGAUGCUGAAGCCGAGGUGCUAUUCUGCUUUAGUUUAGAGGAGUCUCUAAAGAGAGCACAAGUAGCUCCGCUGUUCAAGGGAAAAUAUUUUUACAUUACACCUGGCAUUUGUCCCAGUCUUUCCACCAUGAAAGCUAUUGUGGAAUGCGCAGGAGGAAAAGUAUUAUCUAAACAACCUUCUUUUCGAAAACUGAUGGAGCAUAAGCAGAAUAAAAGUUUGCCGGAGAUAAUCUUGAUUUCCUGUGAAAAUGACCUUCAUUUAUGUCGAGAAUAUUUCGCAAGAGGCAUAGAUGUCCACAAUGCUGAAUUUGUCCUGACUGGGGUGCUUACUCAAACACUGGAUUAUGAAUCAUAUCCUUUUUGUGUAAAGGCUGUCUGCUGCUUUGGGAACUAUGGUUUACUAAAAGUUUUUCUUAAUUAGGAAUUAAUUAUUUAUAAUUUUUAGGAUGUGUAAUGUUUACUUGAUAGGAGGGUAGUUUAACACCCAGAAACCGAGCUUAAAUUCAAAGUGGAAUUACUUUUUGAUAGGAAAUACUUUAGUGGAGGUGGGAGGCAGGAAGUAAGAGUGUAGAAUAUUAAGCAACAGGACAAAAACCUGUCACUAAGGAAAAUAUUGGUCACAAGUUACUUGCAGACAAGGAAAAUACCUUUUUACUGAAGAUGAUAAACCCUGUUUGAUAAAUGCAGCGGAGGGAGCAGUAAGGGCUCUAUGUCUUUCUGCAUAUAAGUUCUACUUUGCAAUCAUUUCUUAAAGUUCUUCUUUCUUAACAAACGUACAUAUAAAUUUACUUGAUGGAUAGUAAAAUGCCUUACUGCUUCGGAAUCCUUGGAGCAUUAAAUCUAGCUGUUCAGCCAUUGUACAAAGCAACUAAAACUUCCUGUGGAUGCUGUUUUCCAGCUGUUUUCCUAGGGAUGAUGAGCAGUUUAAAGCAGGAAAGCAAAACUAAACUGCAUCUUUUUUAGGAUGUGUAAUUUUAUUAUGCUGAAACAUAAUUUACUAUGUUUUGUAUUAUACUACCGUUUUAAAAGAGCCCACUUUAGCUAUCAUGAUUAGCCCAUUUUUAAACAUUUUAACGUAAAUGAUGGUACUUCAGCCAAAAGUGUAAUUUGGAUGUAAAAAUAAAAGGGCUUGCUAUCUAUUAAAUUAUGGAUGUUGAAGAUGAAAAUGUUUUGUACUUUAUUUUUAUUUCUUAUACUCUAUUUUCUUUUAUAUUGAUAUUUUGCCCACAUUUUAAAUAAAUGUACUUUUAAAUGUUUUACUCUAUAUUUUAGUGGUCGUUCAUUUUUUUGAAUGCUAUGCAACAAUGGCACUCUGGUAAGAGUAAAUUACUCAAAUCUUUUUCCAAACAAUGUAAAAUUAUUUUAAGCUUAUUUUACCAGGUAUGUUUUAAUAUAUGAAAUCCCAGUGCUUUAAAGGGAAAUCAUUGUAAAUGUAUAUAUGUGUUUUUACUGCAACAAAGAAAUAGCUUGAAGGAAGGAAAAACUAUAAACCCGCAUAUUACGCUGUUGUGAUAACUUUUGUUUGUAUAGUGAGUUUUACUAAAUAAAUAUUAAAAACCAGUCUCCCAAAUCUAUUUUCAGUUGUAUUUCCUAACACACAGUUCUAAUAAUCUGACUUUACCGUUUUUAUCUGUUUAGAUUCUCGUAGAUGAAAAAGUCAGCCUAAAAGCAUUUAUUCUUUGAUCAGCAAGCCAUUAAACUCUGGUUGGAGAUUGCAGAUACCGACUUGUCUGUACGUUACCAAGUGUAUUAUAGCCCCUUGUGAACCAUUCAUGGCACAAUUCAAAAUAGAAGAUAAAAAAAUACAUUAAACAAUAGCUCAUUACAGUAUUAUUUUUUUCAAAUAUUUUGUAUUUUUAUGCAGAACCAUUUUACAGAGAAGCUUUGACAAAUACAGUAUCAUUAAACUGAGGUAAGGUGCUAUUUUUAGCUUAUGCAAAGCUUUCUGCAGAGGAAUUAUUAAUUUCAACUCUCUUUUGUGCUAUGGCUUAAAAGGUAAAUCGACUUGAUACUUGCCCCCUAUUUGUUGCCUUUCUUCCCACACCUCAGUUCAACAACGUGCUUAAGCAAAUGACAAAUUGAAGCUGUAAGAACACAGUGGGAGUAAAUUUCAAGAUGAGUGAAAUCCCACGGAGGUCAGUGCUGUGCCUGUUGCCUGUUAUUGCUGGCUCUGGGUUCCUCAGCUAUCCUGGUUUAUUCCUGUGUUUGGUGUUUCUAUUGUAAGCAAUAACAUGCUACAUGACAAUAACGAGAAUGUAACGUUUCUAUCAGUGUGCCUUUUGUUAAGGGGACAAAAUGUAGUAAAUGAGAAUGUUAUACUUUGGCUCAAGAUGGUUUUAGGUGCAUCAAAGGUUAAAAAUGCCAUUUACUUGCAAUGGCAGAGUUAGGUGCUUUUUCUUAGUGUGAUGUUCAGCUCUCUGUAAUGCAGUUUCCUCUUCGUUACAAGAUAGUUUAAGAAAAAGUCUUUAAUGUGGAGACCAAAGGUUGGAAUUUGAUGAUAUGAUUUUAUGCUUUAACUGUUAAAAUAAAAAAAGGAGGGAAUGCAGUGGGAGUUAAUUGUUGGCUGAUGAGUCGUUGUGUAAAUGACUUAAAUUGUUCAGACAUGCAGACCUACCUGGCAAGUCUGGUCUGCCUUUACUGUUAGUGGAGGGAGGGGAUAUCGCUAAAAACUUGACUUGGGUAGAGAGCCCCGCAGAGAGCGCAUCUCUUUUAACAGUUUAGCAAACUAGUUAUGUACAUCUUUUACAACACAGAAAAUUGGUGAGAUGAAUCCCACCCCAAAGAACUUCAGGAAUGCAUUGCAUAAAUACUGGGUUUUUUAAUGUACAAAAAAAUUAGACUUUUUUCCCCCCCUUCAAAUAAACUCCAGAAUGUGUAAUGUUGAAAUUACCUAAAUCUGUGUUAAUCUCUGUAUGUCUUGAGAUUUUUUUCAUUAUACUAGUUACCAGGUUGCAGAAGGUUUUUGGAUGCCUUUUUCUUUAAAACAGAUCUCAACUGUUGUCACUUUUGGACUUUUGAAAAUGUUGUGAUACACAAAACUUCUUAACUUGAAUAAAUA